UCCACCACAGGCUUCCGUAGUUAAGUCAUAUGGCUGAUUUGUUGUGGUCGUAUCUGGAGCUCAAGUUCUCCUUUUAAAAGCUUCCUUACCGUCAUACUAACGAGCCGAAUCGUCUCUCUAGGUGGGAUUUAUGAAGCUAACCUUGAAAUAAGCGAGUCACAUUGAUGACCGAUGACCGCUAACGACAUCCGCUAAAAACACAGCAGUCAUGCUUCGGUGGAUUUUUGGCGGUCGUGAAGCUCUAAGCUCCGUGGAGAAAAGCGGAGUGCUGUGCAUCGGCGAGGAACAGCCCAAAAACUGCUUCACUGAGCUGCAGGUGCUGAAAGGACAUUUUGACAUUGUUCGAUUUCUGGUGCAGAUUGAUGACUUCAGAUGUGCGUCGUCCGGAGACGAUGGCCUGGUGCUGGUCUGGAACGUGGAGACGGGCGAGCGUGUGCAAGAGCUUCGGGGUCACUCCCGGCAGAUCACCGCCAUGGCCGUCUUGCGCUGCGGCGACGUCCGCCUCAUCACCGCCUCUUCGGACCGCAGCGUCAGCUUGUGGGACCCCGACACCGGCGACAGACUGCAGACCGUUCUGGACCUGCAGUCCUCUGUCAAGUGCAUCCUGGUGCUGGAUGGCAUGAGCGCGUGGAUCUCAGGCGGCCAGCAGUUGUGCGUGUGGAGCCGCGACUUCCGUCUGCAGUGUCUGAAAGAGCGCCGCAGCGACACAGGAAUCACCUUGCUCAUCCAGCUGCCCGAGAACCGCGUGGCCGCCGCCGUGGACAAAACCAUCGUCAUCUACAAGCUGAUGGCGAGCGGCGACGCCCUCGCUGUGAUGGAGGUUCGCUGCCUGGCGGACCAUCAGGACCAAAUCCGCGCCCUGAUCAACGUCGACGACGCCGCCUUUGCCAGCGGCUCGCACGCGGGCGAGCUGAUCGUGUGGGACGCGCUGGACUGCAGCAUGCUGGCCUAUCAGCACAUUCUGUGGGAGGAGCCUCAGAACCAGGCCGAGCAGUCCCACAUCCAAACGGGCGGGCCCAAAACCAGCGAGAUGUCCAUUCAGCACCUUGCCUCCAACGGAAACCUAGUGGCGGCGGCGGUGGGCAGCGGCGUGUACGUGUUCGACGUGGCCAGCAAGACGGCGGCGGCAUACCGGAAGCGCGCCCACGACUCGGACGUGCUGCACAUCUCGAUGCUCUCUGACAGCGAGCUGAUGUCGUGCUCGGAGGACGGCAGCGUGAGGAUGUGGGAGAUACGAGAGCUGCCUUUAGCCGGAGAACCCGCCUCUCCAGGCUUCUUUGGAAUGUGGACCUUGGGGCGCUCCAGCCGGCAGGCGUGUCCGCCGUCAAAGAAGACCUCGGACGUGGCGCCCAGCAAGACGCUGGAGUUGACGGGUGACCUGAUUGGACACUCGGGUGCAGUCCAGAUGUUUGUGGCCUUGCCGGAGAACGGCCUGCUGACGUGCUCGGCCGACCACCAGCUUAUCCUUUGGAAGAACGGCGAGAAGCAGUCGCGCCUCCGCAGCCUGGAGCUCUUCCGGAAACUGGAGGAGAAGGGCGGACUGUGAAAGACGCUUUGACUUUUAUACAAUGAACAAUACUUUAUUUAUAGAUCACUUUUCAAAUAAAAAGUAGAUCAAGGUGCUUAAAACCAAUUUUAUGAAUAAAACACA